AUGUUCAACAUCUUCAGAAUUCUUGCAGACUUGUCACAUUUGGCAAGUAUCGUUAUCCUGCUGGAAACCAUUCGAAAAGCCCGCCAAAUCGAUGGUAUUUCUCUAAAAACACAAAUACUCUACGUGUUGGUUUUUUGCACAAGAUAUCUGGACCUGCUGACAUUCAGAUGGACUUCUCUUUAUAACACGCUGAUGAAGUUUUUCUUCAUUGGUACAUCGGUUUACGUGGUGAAACUGAUGCAAGACUGUAAACUAACAAAUCCUGUGUCAUACAAGGACAUGAUGUUUCGCGAUACAUUCCAAAUUAAAUACUUGCUGGGUCCCUGUGCUCUUUUAGCACUUGUUUUCAAUUACAAAUUCACAGUGCUGGAGCUAUGUUGGAGUUUCUCCAUCUGGUUAGAAAGUGUGGCCAUUCUACCACAGCUGUUCAUGCUUUCACGUUCUGGCAAAGCAAGUACUUUGACCACACACUACAUUUUUGCUUUAGGUCUCUACCGUGCUCUUUACAUCCCCAAUUGGAUCUGGAGAUAUUACAGCGAAAACAGAUUGGAGAAACUAUCGAUCUUCACGGGACUGCUACAAACAGCCUUGUACUCUGACUUUUUUUACAUUUAUUACCGGAAGGUGAUGAAGGGAAGAGGUUUUGAGUUGCCGCAUUAA